GGUGGCCUCGGGGGUCGGUUGGGAGUUGACCCCCUUUGAAGGCCUCCGCCCUGCCUCUGCCGGAACGGGCGGCCCUGGGAGCUCAGAAUCGCCCUUCCGGGUGCCGGGGCCUGGGGACGCGGAGUCUGCGCUGCCCUGCGCCUCUAGCACCUGGAGGCACCGCGGCUCCAGCGACUGAGGAGCGGCCGCAGUCCCCGCGCGGCGUGACCCGCGCGCGAAGCGGGUCUCGGCGGCUGCGGCGGCCGCGGUGGGGCCUCCGGUCCUCCAGAGGGCGCUCUGCGGGGGACCGGCCAGCCGCCGGGCCUUCCGAGUGUCCAAGCCACAGCCGGGUCCCGAGGAGCCCGCGAGCCCGCGCCGCCGAGUCCGCGCGUGGCUUUCGCGCCUUCCGCCUUCGUGGAUUGCGGAGAGCUACCAUGUUCAACCAGCAACUCCAGCAGCAGCAACAGUUGCAGCAGCUGCAGCAGCAGCAGCUCCAGCAGCAGCAGCAGUUACUGCAGCUCCACCAGCUGCUGCAGCAGUCCCCACCACAGGCUUCCUUGCCCAUGCCUGUCAGCCGGGGCCUCCCCCAGCAGCCAUCCCAGCAACAGCUUCUGAAUCUCCAGGGCACCCACUCGGCCUCCCUGCUCAAUGGCUCCGUGCUGCAAAGAGCUUUGCUCCUGCAGCAGUUACAAGGACUGGACCAGUUUGCAAUGCCACCAGCCACGUAUGACAGUGCCGGCCUCACCAUGCCCACGGCAGCAUUGGGCAACCUCCGUGCUUACAACAUGACAGCCCCGAGCCUAGCAGCACCCAGCCUUACACCCCCCCAGAUGGUCACCCCAAAUCUACAACAGUUCUUUCCCCAGGCCACGCGCCAGUCCCUGCUGGGUCCUCCUCCUGUUGGAGUCCCAAUGAACCCUUCUCAGUUCAAUCACUCAGGAAGGAACUCCCAGAAACAGGCAAGAACCUCUUCUUCCAGCACCCCCAAUUGCAAGGAUUCCUUUUCCCAGACAGUGCCUCUGGGAGACAGGGAGGACCCCACAGAGGGGUCUGAAGAAGCCUCGGAGCUCCAGAUGGACACACCUGAAGAUCAAGAUUUGCUCGUCUGUCCAGAUGGCAUGGUGAGUGAGAUCCCAGUGCCUGAGCCCUUUGAGGCAUCAGAACCAGCAGCCAAGAGGUCGAAAAGCUCAGAGGAGUCCACAGAGAAAGGGCCUGCAGGGCAGCCACAAGCAAAGGUCCAGCCUCAGACCCAGAUGAGAGCGCUGAAGGAGACACAGACCCCAGAUCGGCUGCCCGAACCACCAGGAGUCCAAGUCCUGCCGCAUUGCCAGCCACAGGUUCUGCAGAUCCAGGCCCAGGUGCAGCCAAGGCUGCAGAAACAGACACAGACCUCUCCAGAGCACUUAGCACCACGGCAGAAUCAGGUACAACCACAGGUACAUUCCCAGCCCCCAUGGCAGGUGCAGCCACAGGAGACAGACCCACAGAAGCAAGCUCAGACCCAGACCCAGACCCAGACACAUCCACAGGUAUCCGCCCAAGCACAGCCACAGGAACAGCUUCCAGGACAGAGGCAGGAGCAGACAUUUGAGAAGACCCAGGACCAGCCUCAGACUUGGCCACAGGGAUCAGCACCCCAACCAGAGCAAGCGUCAGUCCUGGCCUGUGCCACAGAACCGCGGCCAUCAUCAGAUGCUGCAGAAGCUGGGGGAGGCCCAGAGGAGGCCUUGCCAGAACCAGUAGGUGCCCAGAGCAGUGAAGACACGAGUCAGGAGGCAUCAGCUGUUGGCCUGGAUGUGGGAGAAUGUGAAAGAAGAGCAGGGGAGCUGCUUGGGAUGUGGGGGGCUGGGGGCUCCCUGAAGGUCACCAUCCUGCAGAGCAGCGACAGCCGGGCUUUCAACACCACACCCCUCACAUCUGGACCUCGUCCUGGGGACUCCACUGCCGCCCCUGCCCUUGCCAGCACAUCCUCCAAGCAGACCCUCCAGUUCUUCUGCUAUAUCUGUAAGACCAACUGCAGCAGCCAGCAGGAGUUCCAGGACCAUAUGUCAGAGGCUCAGCACCAACAGCGGCUUGGAGAAAUGCAGCACUCGAGGCAGACCUGCCUGCUGUCCCUGCUGCCCAUGCCUCGGGACAUUCUGGAGAGAGAGGCAGAAGAGCCUCCGCCAAAACGCUGGUGCAGCACCUGCCAGGUAUACUACGUGGGAGACCUGAUCCAACACCGCAGGACACAGGAACACAAGAUCGCCAAACAGUCCCUGAGGCCCUUCUGCACCAUAUGCAACCGUUACUUCAAGACCCCUCGGAAGUUUGUGGAGCAUGUAAAGUCCCAGGGACACAAAGACAAGGCCAAGGAGCUGAAGACCCUUGAAAAGGAGAUAGCCAGCCCAGAGGAGGACCACUUCAUCACAGUGGAUGCCGUUGGUUGCUUUGAGAGUGAUCAAGAUGAGGACGAGGAUGACGAGGAGGAGGAAGAGAUUGAGGCUGAGGAGGAAUUCUGCCAGCAGGUGAGGUCAAGAGAUCCAUCUUUAGAGGAACAGAAGGGUUCAGAGACUUACAACCCCAACACAGCAUAUGGUGUGGACUUCUUGGUGCCUGUGAGGGGCUACGUCUGCCGCAUCUGCCAUAAGUUCUACGACAGUGACUCAGGAUUGCAGCUCUCCCACUGCAGGUCCCGGGCCCACUUUGAGAACCUGCAGAAAUACAAAGCAGCCAAGAAGCCCAGCCCAGCCAGCCGACCCGUGAGCCGCAAGUGUGCGAUCAAUGCCCGAAAUGCCCUGACCGCACUGUUCACCUCUAACAGUGGCAGUGGCCGCCCGCUCAGCCAGCCAAGCCCCCAGGACAUGGCGAGACUACCCAGCAAGUGCCCUCGACGACACAAAUAAGCACUUACUGAAUGAAUGCGUGAAUGGAUGAAUGAAUGAAGCUCUGGCUUUCCAGUCCCUGCCUUUGCUCAACUGUCUACCACCUAGAAUUCAUCAACCACAACAACCCUUCAAGGACCAUCUCAAAAUACCUCCUCCUCGGAGCCUUCCCUAUUUUCCACUACAGCGGCUUCUGACCCACCUCUUGGCAAUGCUGUGUCCCUUAGGACCCAAGGUCUGGGUCUGUGCCCACUGCGGGACCAAGUUCUGAGCCAGCCUGUGACUCAGAAACACUCAACUGCCAGCUCGGGACCAGAGGGGAAGUAGCUGGUGGAUUUAAGAAAAAGGCUCAGGGAGGGUGUUGGGAUAUGAGUGCAGAUGUGCCUGCCUUUGGGGACGGCUCCCAGAGAGGACAUCCCAGACAGAGAAUAGUCUGUGAAGGCUGCUGGAUCUUAAAGUCCAUCCCUCAUGGCACAGAUAGGGAAACUGAGGCCUAAGAAGGAAGGAACCAGAACAGCUUCUCAUAGCUACUUGGUGACAGGACCCUUUCGGUUUGAGUCCCAGCUGCUGUACCUCCGCAACUCCUUAUUGGAGCGGGGGACACUGAGGGUUCCAGUACACCAGAGCUCAAUUGGUGUGGCCACAUCAAGAACCAAACGGACAGCUGUUGUGACCCAUCUUCCCAUUUCAUGGCAGGCUAGCAGAGGGGCUUCAUUGGGGUACCUCCUAGCCACUGCUCCUGUCCUGGAACAGAGAGCCUCCUCCUCACCAUCCCAGUGUCCACUCCGUGUUACACCGCCCCCUCCCCAGUUCCCUCAUGUUCCCACCAUGGCUGCCAGCAGUCACUGCACGGUCCCCAACACUGCCCACUGUAAGCCUGAUGACCUCCAGUUGGAGGGCAACCUUUAUUUAUGAGAAAAAUAUUCUAAAACUGCUGUGACAGUGGAUAUGCUGUGAAUAUUUGAAAGCCUGCAGAACUGUACGGUUUAGAUGGUAAAAUCUAUGGUGUCACUUACAGCUCAAUAAAGCUUUUAUAAC